UCACACUGAACAGAACAGAAUUUGUAAAGUAAACCAAACCCGAAGUUAAUUGCAAAUAACGCGAAUAAUCAAACGAUCCGCGCAGAUAAUUAAUUAAAAAUGACUGGUCGUGGCAAGGGGGGCAAGGGGAAGGUGGUGCGCGAGAAUGCGACCGACGAUCGGGACGAUUUUCUCGUGUACGCGGCCGAGAAAAUCAUCCAAAAGCGCGUUAGAAAGGGCAUCGUGGAGUACCGCGUCAAGUGGAAGGGCUGGAACCAGCGCUACAACACCUGGGAACCGGAGGUAAACAUCCUCGAUCGCCGCCUGAUCGACAUCUACGAACAGAGCAACAAAUCCUCGGGAACGCCCUCCAAGCGAGGCCUCAAGAAGAAGGAGAAGGAGCCCGAUCCGGAGCCGGAAUCCGAGGAGGAUGAGUACACCUUCACCGGCGACGAUGUGGAUACCAACCGGGCCACCACCUCUGCGGCCGGGCAGGAUCAGGAGGGCAAGAAGGAGAAGAAGCACCAUCAGCAUCAUCACCACCACCAUCAUCACCACAUCAAGUCCGAGCGCAGCAUUGGACGUCGCUCGGAAUCCCCGCUGACGCACCAUCAUCACCAUCACCACCACGAUUCCAAGCGGCAGCGCAUGGAUCACAGCUCCUCCUCGAACAGCAGCUCCACGCACAACUCCUUUGUCCCCGAGGCCGACACCAACUCGUCCAGCUCCGAGGAUCAGCCACUGAUUGGUACCAAGCGCAAGGCCGAAGUGCUUAAGGAGUCGGGCAAGAUCGGAGUUACGAUCAAGACCUCGCCAGAUGGCCCCACACUAAAGCCUCAGCCGGCACAGCAGUUAACGCCCAUCCAGCAGCAGCAACAGCCUUCCCAGGAUCAGCAGCAGGCGGAGAAGGUGGCAAACGAGGCAGCCACGCCGCUAAAGUCCGAGCUGCAGGUCACCCCGCUAGCCAUUGAAGCCACAACGGCCACACCCGCUGAAUCCGGAGCCGAGGAAGAGGAGGUAGCCAGCGAGGAGGGCAACCAGCAGACGCCACAGGUUCCGCCCGAGAACAACAACAUACCAAAGCCGUGCAACAACCUGGCCCUCAACCAGAAGCAGCCGCUUACUCCUCUUUCGCCGCGCGCCCUGCCGCCACGCUUCUGGCUGCCGGCCAAGUGCAACAUAUCCAACCGCGUGGUCAUCACCGAUGUAACCGUCAACCUGGAGACUGUCACCAUACGCGAGUGCAAAACGGAGCGGGGUUUUUUUCGCGAGCGCGACAUGAAGGGCGACUCGUCGCCAGUAGCCUGAGCUGCGGCCCAAACAAAACUCGGAAAAUCGAAACGGAAACCUGAAACAAUUGUAAAUAGACAAACCAAAAUGGGGGAAAGUUGAGUGGAGCACUAACAAAUCGACACUAGAUGUUGCUAAGCAUUUUCUCUUUAGAACGUAACUUAUUUAUUGUAUUUAUUUAUAGCGUAGUUAUUAGAUUGUUGUUUUAUUACAAUGUUUGAAGUGCAAGAGAGUAGCUUGGGCAAUCGCAAAUCGCUCAUUUACUAAAAUUUUUAUUAUUGAUUUUAAUUAUUUUGCCUAAUAUUUUACACACAAUUUUAAUAAUUUAUUUUUACAACUGCAAUAUUUUUCCAUCUAAAUUGGGAUCUUUAUUGUUUACUGUCCCUUUUGCAAUAUCGCUUUUUUGAGCUCUACCCAUAUUUUAGUGAAUGAACGAAAUGCUGCGACUGCUUAACUUGCCACUGCAUUAGAUUGUAAAACCUGCAGCAUAGAUAUGUAUGUCGUACAUAUAUUUAUUUACCACAUAUUGUAUAUUUUUCUACAACACUUUGAAUCUGAUUGAGAACAACACAAGACACUCAUAUGCUACAAAACUCCAUGCGAAACCGAAGCAAUUGUUGAAUACGCUUGAUAUACAAUUAUAUACAACUGAAGAAGUAUAUAUUCGAGUAUGUCACCAAGUUGGCUAUCCCAAUGUUGUAAUUGUUUAAAAUUAUAUUUCCUCGCGCCGACUGAUUUUACAAAAGAAACCCCCAAAAAGAUAUAUAUGUAGUUUGGAAAAUAUUUUUAGAAUUUAGCUAACCACAAUCUCCACUUAAUAUUUAUUUUAAAAUGUUCUACUUUUAGCAGUCAUCCGAGGCUCAAGUGCUGACUUUAUGGGUUCCGAACGGUGCAGUGCACAGAUAAUUCCAAAUCGAGCCCAUAGACUCAAUACUUAACUCCUAUGAUUAUUACACUAUUUUUUAACGCUUUGCAAAUGGAAUCUUCGUGGGAGCUGUGGGAA